CAUUAUAUAAACACUGUCACAUAAAUAAAAUAGUAUAAGUGAUACUAUGCAAUUAUAAUACUCUCAGAACAGUUGAACAUCGGCUGUUGAACUAUUAUUAUUUAAUUUACGUUAAUUUGUUAACUGAAGGCUGAAAACUUUAGUAUUGAGUUUGUUUGAUAUUGACUAAUGACAGAGAAACCAAAAUACAAUGAAGACACGGUGGCGGUGUGGAAACUACCGUUAGCAGACGGUAUUCAUGAAAUAGAAUUUGAACACGGAACAGCUACUGGUAAAAGAGUUAUUAGAUUGGACGGAAAAAUAGUGAGACGAAAAGAUUGGAUGUUUCGAUUAGUCGGAGAUGAAGUUUUUGAAAUAGACAAUGUUCAAUGUACUAUCAAAGUGGAACCAGAUGGGUUGUUUAUGUACACAUAUGAUUUGUUGGUUGAUGGAAAGACUUUGGAAGAUUUCUGUGAAUAUAUCUCAAAAAAUCGAUCUACUUGGUUGAUUACUGCGGACGAUGGUGUUGAAAAUCGAAUUAUUCUUGAUAAAGCUUCUAUGGAUAUUAUUGUCAACGGAACUCAAGUUACAGACGCAAUGUCUGAAUUUAUUGAAAACGGUACAGAAACACAUUUUGCUAUUGGUGAAAUGUUAGUAACAAUACGGACUGAACAUAGUUGUGAUAAAAAAAUUGGUGUCGUGCAUAGUCUAUUUGUUAAUGGUGCUUUGGUUACAGAAUUAUAAUAUUUUAUAAAUUAUUUUUUUUUUAAACUAAUUAAAUGUUAUUGUUUAAGAGUUAUAUAAAAUAAAUUAGCUUGAAAAUGUUAAAAUUUGUUAUUUUAAUUUAGUUAUACAAAAUACCUAUUAUAGUAUUUUAUGAAUUUAUUGCUUUAUAUAUGAAAAAAAAAUAAUAAUAAAAUAAAUAAAUUCGUGUUAUUAAUA